UUCCCUCUUCCUUUCCUCCCCCAGCUCCUAACUCUGAUCUCAGGCUCACUCACUCAUCUCAGGUUCACUCACUUGUCUAUGGACUCAGGAUCGCCUCUGCGGGCUGGAGGAGGCCACCGGGCUCAGGCGUAGCCCGGCGAGAGGCCUCCCUGCACUCUCGGGAUAGUGCCUGCAUUUCCAGCGUCUGGGGGCCGGGAAACGCGCAGGUCCCCGAGCAGAGCGCGUCAGGCUGCGAGGAGUGCGCACGCCGGCAGCGUGGUCUCCAGCUCUCGCUGCUCCCGCCCUGCCCGCCGCCACGGGGAGGGCGGGGAAGAGGAGGAGCCUGAGGCGGCCGCUGCGCCCUGGUGCGCGCGGAGUCCUUUAAAAGCCGCCGGCGGUGACAACUCGGCGGUCCGCCUGGCCCCGGUACCCCGAGUCCUCGCGCUGCCCGCUCGCCAGCCGCCCCGCUGCGGCCGAGGCCUCGCUGGGUAGGCUUGUGCUCUGGCGGCCGGACGCGCUCCAUGCGGCCGCCCAGCAUGUCCGGGCACUUUCUGCUCGCGCCCAUCCCCGAGUCCUCCUCCGACUACCUCCUGCCCAGGGACAUCAAACUGGCCGUGCUGGGCGCCGGCCGCGUGGGCAAGAGCGCAAUGAUUGUGCGCUUCCUAACCAAGAGAUUCAUUGGCGAUUAUGAACCGAAUACAGGCAAGUUGUACUCACGGCUUGUGUGUGUGGAGGGAGACCAGCUGUCCCUGCAGAUCCAGGACACCCCCGGGGGAAUCCAGGUCCAAGACAACCUCCUGCAGGUGGUUGACUCCCUGUCCAAAUGCGUGCAGUGGGCAGAGGGCUUUCUGCUGGUCUAUUCCAUCACAGACUACGACAGCUACCAGUCGAUCCGCCCCCUUUACCAGCACAUCCGGAAGGUCCACCCUGACUCGAGGGCCCCUGUCAUCAUCGUGGGCAACAAGGGGGACCUUCUGCAUGCCCGGCAGGUGCAGACCGAUGACGGUGUUCAACUGGCCAAUGAGCUGGGCAGCCUGUUCCUUGAAAUUUCCACCAGUGAAAACUACGAAGAUGUCUGUGAUGUGUUUCAGCAUCUCUGCAAAGAAGUGAGCAAGCUGCACAGCCUCGGCGGGGAGAGGAGAAGGGCCUCCAUCAUUCCUCGGCCACGCUCUCCCAACAUGCAGGACCUGAAGAGGCGCUUCAAGCAGGCUCUGUCUCCCAAAGUCAAAGCGCCCUCCGCCCUGGGGUAGACCCACCUCAGACAGACCGCCUCCUUUUUAUUACGCAUUUGUGCAGCUGAAAAGACUGGGGAGGGGGUCUCCUUUUUAAUCACACAUUCAGAGUUUAUUUUUAUACAAACUAUGGGUUUGCAAUUGUAUGUGUAUUUCUGAAAAUUCAGUGAUGGCCUAGAAGUUGAAGAGUUGUUUUUUUAAAUAAAACUUUUUUUUUUUUUUACUGUAACUGCUAGCCACCCUUCCAUUAAAGGCAAAAUGGCAACA